GAAAAGCUUAACUCCCUCAUGAUUCAUUCAAGACUAGUGUCCAACAAGCAUGAUAAACAAACUCCAAUUAUACCUUUUCAUCAAAAUGAACCAAAAAGACCCCUCCUUUAAUUCCUUUCAUCCACCAUAAUUUUCUUCACACUCCCAAUUCCACCAUCAUGUUUCCCAUCUUUCUCAUUUUCCUCUCUUUUUUCCCCUUCACAAUAGUCAUUUCCUCUCAUUGCACAACCUCAACAUCCACUAAAACAUUUGACAAAUGUAUGCCACUCCCUUCACAAGAUGCCUCAAUUGCUUGGACAUUCCAUCCACAUAAUGUCACACUUGAUAUUGUGUUUUUUGGUUCAUUUAUUUCACCUUCUGGUUGGGUUGGUUUUGGAAUUAACCCAAAUUCCCCUGAAAUGACUGGAACUCGCGCGUUAAUCGCCUUUCCUGAUCCAAAUUCUGGACAACUUGUUCUUUUACCUUACAUAAUUGAUCCAUCAGUCAAACUCCAAAAAGAUCCACUUUUAUCAAAACCUUUAGACAUUCAUUUGCUAGCCUCUUCAUCUACUUUAUAUGGUGGCAAAAUGGCUACUAUACACAAUGGUGCUACAAUUCAAAUUUAUGCCACCUUAAAACUUGUAUCUAACAAGACCAAAAAUGUACAUUUUGUUUGGAACCGUGGGAUUUAUGUCCAAGGUUAUUCACCUACAAUCCAUGCUACAAACAUAAAUGACCUUUCUUCAGUAGCCACAAUUGAUGUGCUUUCAGGAUCACAAACAAUAUGUCACAACAAUUUCUUGACACUGAAAAAUGUACAUGGUGUUAUAAAUGCAAUUUCAUGGGGUGUUAUUCUCCCUUUAGGCGCGGUCACGGCUCGUUACCUAAGGCAUAUUGAGUCACUAGGGCCAACAUGGUUUUAUGUACAUGCAGGGGUGCAAUUAUCAGGAAUUUCACUUGGUACUGUUGGAUUCGCGAUAGGGAUUCGAUUAGGGCAACUUUCACCAGGGAGAGUAUAUGGACUACAUCGAAAACUUGGGAUCGCGACGUUUAUUUUGGGCAUGUUACAAACAUUGGCCUUGUUUUUUAGGCCUAAGACGACAAAUAAGUUUAGGAAAUAUUGGAAAUCUUAUCACCAUUUUGUUGGAUAUGCUUGUGUGGUAUUAGGAGUUGUGAAUGUGUUUCAAGGAUUUGAAGUUAUGGGAGAAGGAAGGUCUUAUGUCAAAUUGGCAUAUUGUUUGUGUUUGUCCACAUUGAUUGGUGGUUCUUUGGCAUUAGAAGUGAAUUCUUGGGUUGUUUUUUGUAGAAAAGCAAAGGAAGAAAAGAUGAGAAGAGAGGGAUUAAUUGGGAGUUCUGGGAAAUUUAGUGGAUCAAGUCAUGGUUGAUUAAUUCAAUUAUGGAAGAAGAAAAAAAUUAUUGUAUCACAUUUAUGUCAUUGUUGUAAUUUUGAUAGUUCAAAAUAUUUGAACUAAGAUUUUGCAAGUUUAUAGUGUAAUUUUUUAAUUGUUUGUCCCCUUAUAAACAAAUCAUUUCUAUAAAUUGAUAUUGCAAGCCAAUUAAAUCUAUGUA